CGGUUCUCACGCCAGUCAGUCCUCCCUGACCAAGAUCUCCAUCGCUCAGGUCUUCCUUCUCCUCGAUUCCAUCACCGAUAAAGAAGGAAAAGAGAAGUGGGAUACCAAGGCUGCCCAAAUUCACAAAAAUCUUUCUAGCUCGUCGAGUCCAACGGGAUGGAGGUCUUUUCAAAGUACUUCCGUCGCCUUCUCAUCGGCAAUGCCCCGCAAAUUUUCCCGGGGCUCAACAAGGCCGUCGAGAAUGCGGGAAACUAUCCUCUCCUUGUCCAGGAGAUGCAGAAGAUCACCCAAGACAUUGAUCAGGCACAAAAGAUCGCAGACACCAUCGAUACAUCGGAAGGUGAUGUCUUCCGCGAUUUUGACCUGUCCACGUUUUUGGAUCACUUCAAACUCGAUCCCGUUGCCAAGGUUUCUCUCGCGCUUGCGUUCAAGACCGCAGCCAAGUCCGACCUUCGUGCAAAAGCCGAUGCAAUCCUAUCAAAUUCUACCCUCCCCUUCCUACAGACGCUUGCUACCCCCUCCGAGUCCAGUCAAGAUUACCAAACCUCCUUCAUCGGCAUCACCAUUGAACGCUUCAUCCUUUACCCUCCGCGGAAUUUUACCGACGAGGUCAAGGCCAAAUUGGCCUAUGCGGUCACCUUGCGCUAUCAGAAGUUGGGACAAGACAUGCCCGCAGAAGUUUCCUCGGCUUUGCAAAUGUUUAACUUUCUCAACCCUAAGCUGACUUUGGUCCGUCAGCUGCAUUCCAAGGGACCCAAGACGACUGCAAACCAGGAUGCUGUCAAUGAGGUCAUGAAUUUGGCGGGUUCAGAAAGCUGGAGCGAGGAAAACAUUGCCAGUGCCCUACUCUUCAUGCUUCUCGCCCAGAACGGGCGACACUAUUCGCUGGAAGUGUUUCUGACCGCGGUCCGGGAGCACUAUGCGGACAAGGGUGUCGACUGGCCGCUCGUGUUCCGAUACUUCGAUCGGGAGGGGUUGAGGAUUCAACCGGCCCAGUUCGCGAAGCUUUGCACCGUCCUUCUGAAGAUCGCAGCAGAAGAUUCGACUCUGGAUAUCCAGAAACUCUGGGGUGGCGACUGGGAACACCGUGACACGCAGAUGUCCUUCCUGACAGCUUUCAUCGCCUCCCGGAUCGAUGUCUCGAAAAUCCCGAACCUGCGGGCCGCUUUCCCGAUCGACUUCUUCGCCGACGGAACGGAGAUCGUGCGUUUACAAGCUGACCGUGCACUGCAGUCUCCCCUGCGGUCAUUGGACGCCAUCCGGGCCGUCUUUGAUAUCGCCCUAUUUUCUCAGGCCGCUUGGGCAGCAGCCGAGAGCCAGGCCCUCAUUAAAGCCAUGGUGCAAACUGAUCUGCCCAUUUUCCUCUGCUCCGCUCUUGCCCUUCCUCAGCCCUGGACUAGUGUCCAGCAAAGCUUCGUCCUGCGGACCUUUGUGGUUUUCAUCUUGAAACAGGAAGAAGGUUACCAACUUGCCCUCCAAGGAGCUUGGAAGCAAGAUCGCCAGUGGGUGGCGGAGCAGCUCUUCGCGGCGUUCACUCAAGACCCUACCUCCACCGCGGCCAUUUACGAGCACUCGAUCGAAUAUGGCUGGCUUGAUUACCUCCUUGAUUUCACCAACGGGCUUGCUAUGGACCUUGCUUGCUUGGCUCAUCGGAAGAGUUCUUUUGAUCUCGAGCAAUGGGUCCGCAACACUGCGCAGAAGGGUCUGAUGGAUAUGGGCAGUCUCCUGUCGAGGUUUUUGCGGAUCAAGGCGGAAGACGAGCUUCAUGUUCAGAGAAAGGAGCAGCCUGCACCUCAGAUGGUCAGCCUGGCCGUGAAGACCGUCUACACCCUGCUGUCCGUUCUGGAAGAAUAUGUGGGAGACCGCGAGAACCUCACCCCUGUCCAGCGUAUCUGCAUUCAAACCUACCCGCGACUCAUCAACUACGGUGAAGAUUUCGAUGACAUUAUCGAUGCGAACGGUGAGAACGGCAACUCCCUGCCCGAGUCUGUCGACAAGCAAAUGCAAGAGCUCUUUGGCAAGAUGUAUCACGAGGAGCUGUCGCUGCGAGAAAUGCUGGAAUUGAUGAGACGCUACAAGACGUCGCGUGAGCCAACCGAACAGGAUCUUUUCGCAUGCAUGGUUCACGGCCUAAUUGAUGAGUACCACUGCUAUAACGAGUACCCCUUGGAAGCCUUGACCAAGACUGCUGUGAUGUUCGGCGGGAUCAUCAAUUUCAGACUGGUGGAUGGCAUCACGCUCAAGGUCGGACUGGGUAUGAUCCUCGAGGCUGUGCGUGAACAUGAGCCACACGACCCAAUGUACAAAUUUGGCGUCGAGGCGAUCGAACAGCUCAUCAACCGUCUGUCCGAGUGGGCCGGUUUUUGCCAUCUUUUACUCCAGAUUCCCAGCUUGCGGGGUUCUCCGAUCUUCCAGAAAGCGGAGGAAGUCCUCCGCGAACAGGGUAAUCAAGCCCCCGACUCGGAUGGCGCAAGGAUCGAUGAGGCGGCCGGGCCUUCCGGCCUGACGAAUGGCAAUGGUGAUGAAUCCACUGCCGCUGACGGAGCGCCUCAAAAAUUCCGCUCCAUUCAUGUUGACCCGCCUCUCCGGCCGGAGUUGUAUGAGGAUCCAGGUGAAGAUGUACAGGAUAAGAUCCUGUUCGUUUUGAACAACGUCUCGGAGCAGAACAUCGACGAGAAGUUGGAGGAUCUGACAGAGGUGCUGCGCGAUCAACACCAUCAGUGGUUCGCCUCCUACCUGGUCGAGGAACGUGCGAAACUGCAGCCGAACUUCCAGCAACUCUACCUUGAUCUCCUUGAGCGCAUUGGUGAUCGGAUCCUCUGGGCUGAAGUCCUCAGGGAGACCUAUGUCAGCCUAAACCGGCUGCUCAACUCGGAAGCAACCCUGAAUUCGUCCACUGACCGUGGCCACCUUAAGAACCUCGGAGCGUGGCUAGGAUCCCUGACCAUUGCAAAGGACAAGCCUAUCAAGCACAAGGAUGUUUACUUCAAGGGUCUCCUCAUGGAAGGGUUUGAUAGUCAGCGUCUGAUGAUUGUCAUCCCCUUUACCUGCAAGGUUCUUGUUCAGGCCACCAAAUCCACGGUCUUCAAGCCUCCGAACCCCUGGCUCAUGGAUAUCUUGUCUUUAUUGUUGGAACUCUAUCACUUCGCCGAACUGAAGUUGAACCUGAAAUUCGAAAUUGAGGUAUUGUGCAAGGAUCUUGAUCUCGACCACAAAGUCAUCGAGCCGUCAAUCAUCAUCCGGGACCGGUCCGCCCUGACUCAAGAAACGAUUGUGACCGGCAAUGUUCCUGAAGGCUUGGAGGCGUUUGAGGAGAUGGCACUUGGCGGGAUCCACCAGGCCAUGCGCAAUGAGAGGAUGUCGCCUGCCGCUCUCAUGUCGACCCUCCCGAGUUUGGACAAGAUCCUCGUCCUGCCAUCCUCAGCGAGCAGCAUGGUCGAUCCCAAUGUUCUCCGGCAGAUCGUCCACAGCUCGGUGGAAAGAGCCAUUGCGGAAAUCAUCACACCUGUGGUAGAGCGGUCCGUUACCAUUGCUUCCAUCUCGACCGUCCAGUUGAUCUCCAAGGAUUUCGCCAUGGAGCCUGACGAGGAGAAGGUGCGACAUGCAGCGGGCAUCAUGGUGCGGCAGCUUGCAGGUAGCCUAGCCCUCGUCACAUGCAAGGAGCCGCUGAAGGUCAGCAUGACAAACUAUAUCCGGAUGAUCCAGCAAGAAUACUCGGACCAGCCUAUGCCUGAGGGUCUGAUCCUCAUGUGUGUCAAUGACAACCUUGACGCCGCGUGCGGUAUUGUGGAGAAGGCUGCCGAAGAGAAAUCCCUACCGGAGAUAGAAAAGGUGAUCGAGCCUCAAUUAGAAGCUCGUCGCCGUCAUCGAACCAGCCGAUCGAAUGAACCGUUCAUCGACCCCUCCAUGAACCGAUGGGGGCUCUUCAUCCCGGAGCCGUACCGCCAGGCCCCCGGCGGAUUGAACAAGGAACAACUCGCAAUCUACGAAGAAUUUGCCCGUCAAUCCAGAGGCUCUGCACCCGCUCAUGUCCCCAGUGUCUCCACCGACUCUGGCCGCCAACUUCCCGACGUGCUGCAAGAAUCGUACACCAUUCCCAACCUCUCCACCCCUGCCGAGCAACCUGCCGUGCCCCUCCGAACCCCGCAAACGCAGCAAGAUGCUGCUCGCUUGCAGCAGGCCAGCCUUGUUGGCGCUCAGUCGCAGCUGAACGGGUUUCUUGAAGCCCAAAGUCCACGUGAGAAGGUAGAGAGUGUUGUCUCGGAGCUCCAACAGGCGGCGCGCAACGCGCCGGAGGAACACGUCAAGGAUCUGGGCCGGGACAGCGCUGUCCUGCAGGAGUACAACCAGGCGUUGCGCGCCAUCCUUGCUUCGCCUAAUGGCGAAGAGUUGGCUAGACUGAUGGCUCUGAAGAUCUGCACCAACCUGUAUACCCAGACUCAAGGUCUGUUGGAGGUUGAGGUGCUCGUCCAUUUCCUGGCCAAGCUUUGCGACAUGUCGUCGCUGGUGGCGCGGUACACCUGGGCCAUCCUUUCCGAGGUUGAUGAUGAGCACAUGUUCAAUGUCCCCGUCACCGUUGCGCUGAUCGAUGCGGGUCUUCUCGACAUCCGUCGGGUGGAUAUGAUCCUGACGAGACUGAUUCUGCAGAAGAACAUGAGUGCGCUCGAACUGCUCGCAAGCCUCAUGGAACACGUUCUCUUCAACGACGAGCCGUCUGCUCUGAGAUCGGAUUUUUCGGGCAGUUUGGAAGCCAUGAGCCAAUGGCUGGCGGAAGACUCGAACCUGUCGAUUGCGAAUGAGAUCAUCCACAAACUGCGCGAAUCCGGCAUUCCGGAGGUGGUCAACCCCCUCCUUACGGACGCAGCCCGAUCGAAGCGCGAUCAGAUGGAGUACAUCUUCAGCGAAUGGAUUGGAAUUUAUAAGUCCCCAACCGCUACGAACCGCACCUACUACUCGUUCCUGAAGGAUAUCCACCAGCGGCAGGUGAUGAAUAACCAGGAGGACUCCGCUUUGUUCUUCCGGCUCAGCAUCGACAUUUCCGUGGCCAUGUUUGAGCACGAGUCGCAGAACCCCAAUGGCAGUCUCGACGAGGCUUUCAUGUAUAUCGACGCCCUCGCGAAGCUCGUCGUCUUGCUGGUCAAGUUCCAGGGCGAGAGUACAGGGGCCGUCAAGGCCAACAAGCCCGUUUACCUCAACUCCGUCCUGUCUCUGCUGGUGCUUGUCUUGAACCAUCACCAGGUGAUGCGUGGGGAAGCCUUCAACCAGCGCGUCUUCUUCAGGCUCUUCUCCGGUAUUCUCUGCGAGUAUUCUAUGAACGGACUGCAGCAGAGCGAGCAUCACCAGGAGAUGAUGCUCGCCUUUGCCAACAAGUUCCUGUCGCUCCAGCCACAAUACGUCCCUGCCUUUGUGUACGGCUGGCUCUCGCUUAUUUCUCACAGAGUCUUCAUGACCUGCAUCUUGAACAUGCCCGACCGUGCCGGAUGGGAAGCCUAUUGCGAGAUCAUGCAGGCCCUCCUUUCUUACAUUGGCGAACAGUUGAAACCCGCCAACAUCUCCUACGUCGCCAAAGACCUCUACAAGGGGGUAUUGCGCAUCCUGCUGAUCCUGCAUCACGACUUCCCGGAAUUCGUGGCCGAGAACCACUUCAACUUCUGCAACGUGAUCCCUGCCCACUGCGCUCAACUGCGCAACCUGGUCCUCAGCGCCUACCCGUCGUCGUUCCAUAAGCUUCCGGAUCCCUUCCGAGAGGGACUGAAGGUCGAACGUCUAGAAGAGAUGCGGGGGUCGCCGAAGAUCGCGGGUGAUGUCACCGCUCCUCUGCAGCGUGCCAGCAUCCUCUCCGUCAUCGACAGUGCCCUGCAGAGCGACAACGUGUCUGAGACCUCGCUCCAGGAGAUCUGCGACGCGGUGUACACCUCCGCGAGCAAGGAGACUGGCCUCUUCUACACCCCCAUCAAUGUGGACGUCGUGCUAGUGAAUGCUCUGGUCCUCUACAUCGGACAAGAGGCGGUCUCCGACACUAGCGCUCCCAAGGGCAACUCGCGGGCCGCGUUUGACAACUCCCCCCACUCGGCUCUUUUGGAACGGCUGGCCAAGGUCCUUCGUCCCGAGGCACGGUACUAUCUUCUCAGCGCCAUGGCCAACCAGCUGCGCUACCCGAACAGCCACACCUACUUCUUCAGCUUUGCCAUCCUCCGGCUGUUCGGCGUCGACUAUUCGGAGGAAGACGACUCGGAUAUCCGACAGCAGAUCAUCCGAGUGCUCCUCGAACGCCUUAUCGUCCAUCGGCCACACCCAUGGGGUUUGAUCAUCACCCUCCAGGAGCUCUUGCAGAACCGGAGCUAUACCUUCUUCCGCCUUCCCUUCAUCCAGGCGGCACCAGAGAUCGGCCGUCUUUUCGAUGCCCUUCUCCAGCAUAUCCAACAGCAGAGCCCGAGGGCCUUGCCGUAAGAAGGCUCUAUAAGUCAUAUGAUAAAAGGCCUUACAUUCCCUUCUCUUCAUGAUGUUACAACCACGCAAACGAUGCCAAGUCGCAGAUAAUUGCUCAUCCUCGCGACUUCUCUUUUAUGUUCUCCCCUUUGCUUUCUGUUUCUUGCUUUUGUUUUUUUUUUUUUUUUUCCUUCUUUCUCCGGCGUUCUUAAUCUUGCUUUAGGAGUUGUCUCUCUUUCCUUUUCCUUGUAUUGUUUCAAGAUCUUCUAGAGGAAUCUUUCUUUCUACCUUGUAGUUGGGUUCGGGGGAUUCGUCAGCGCGAUAUAAGCUACAUGUGAUGAUAUUCUCUUCGUCAUUUACUUAUGGAAUGCCUUAAGAUGCCUGCUGUGUGGGUGACGGACUGUGUAACGAUAAGAUCGAAAAGCGCGCAUUGGUAUGAUUAUGAUAUAUUCUUAAUGAUCAUCACUUUAUGCAUUCAAGGAAUCAAAAUGCGUCUAAUUAUCCCUUAAAA